AGACCAGCUUCCUUGGCCUGAAACUACAUUUCCCAGAAGCCAGUUCGUCUGCGGAGCGCGUCCUUCCCGCCGCAGGGGGCCUUGGGAAACCAAAGGACGCCUUGGAGAGCUUCCCUGGCGCCAGGGCCCACCGGCGAGACGAGGCUGCCGGACCCCCGCACCCCGAAAUGGCUCGGAGGCAGGACGAGGCGCGCGUGGGCGCGCCCCUGAGGGCGGAAGGCGGGCCGGACGCGGAGGCCAGGCUCAUUCUGUACCACUGGACGCACUCCUUCAGCUCUCAAAAGGUGCGCUUGGUAAUUGCUGAAAAGGCAUUGAAGUGCGAGGAACAUGAUGUAAGUCUGCCCCUGAGUGAACACAAUGAGCCUUGGUUUAUGCGUUUGAACUCAACUGGAGAAGUGCCUGUCCUUAUCCACGGGGAAAACAUAAUUUGUGAGGCCACUCAGAUCAUUGAUUAUCUUGAACAGACUUUCCUGGAUGAAAGAACACCCAGGUUAAUGCCUGAUAAAGGAAGCAUGUAUUACCCACGAGUGCAGCAUUACCGAGAGCUUCUUGACUCCUUGCCAAUGGAUGCUUACACACAUGGCUGCAUUUUACAUCCUGAACUCACUGUGGAUUCCAUGAUCCCUGCUUAUGCAACCACAAGGAUUCGCAGUCAGAUUGGUAACACAGAGUCGGAACUGAAGAAACUUGCUGAAGAAAACCCUGACUUACAAGAGGCAUACAUUGCCAAACAGAAGCGGCUUAAGUCAAAGCUGCUUGAUCAUGACAAUGUCAAAUACUUGAAGAAAAUUCUUGAUGAGUUGGAGAAGGUCUUGGAUCAGGUGGAAACUGAGUUACAAAGAAGAAAUGAAGAAACUCCAGAAGAGGGCCACCAGCCUUGGCUCUGUGGAGAAUCCUUCACCCUGGCAGAUGUCUCGCUGGCUGUCACGUUGCAUCGACUGAAGUUCCUGGGGUUUGCACGGAGGAACUGGGGAAAUGGAAAGAGACCCAACUUGGAAACCUAUUAUGAGCGUGUCUUGAAAAGAAAAACAUUUAACAAGGUUUUAGGACAUGUCAACAAUAUAUUAAUCUCUGCUGUGCUGCCAACAGCAUUCCGGGUGGCCAAGAAAAGGGCCCCAAAAGUUCUUGGCACCACCCUUGUGGUUGGUUUGCUUGCAGGAAUGGGAUAUUUUGCAUUUAUGCUUUUCAGAAGGAGACUUGGCAGUAUGAUAUUAGCGCUUAGACCCAGACCAAAUUAUUUCUAGGUUUGUUGGGCUCUGUGGUAGCAGCUCAUCCAACCAUUCCACUAGACCCUCAUCCACUCUUCCAGACCCAGUGAGGACUUAUCCUGGGCAACUAGUAGAAAGCAUAGUUUACAUUACUCUUUGGGGAGUCAUGUGGGGAAAGGAGCUAAUGACAUCCUUUCUUCCUUCCUUCCUUCCUUCCUUCCUUCCUUCCUUCCUUCCUUCCUUCCUUCCUUUCUUCCUUUCUCUCUCUCUCUCUUUCUCUUUCCUUUUUUCUUUUUUCCUUUUUUUUUUUUUAAAUAGAUAAGAUGACUCAUCUAUCCCUAAAGCAAGCAAGUGAAAGGUCAAGAUAUGUAAAUGCCGACAGGUGGGGAGCCGACCUUUAAUGGGGACUGUCAGUUCAUGUUCUCAGUUAUUUUUUGCGUGGUUAUAGUUAAGAACAGACAGUAAUAAUAACCAGUGACUGUUCGUAGCACUUCACCGGAGAUUGCCUACUGUUCUGCGAGUUGAACAGUUACAAGCUCUUCUCUUGGAAGUCAGACGUCACCUUUAUUACACAAGACAGGGUUCAGACUCCAACAGGAUGUAGUACUGCUUCUUCACCUUCUGCUAGCAGCUUCAGGCGUAGAUUAGGGAGAGAAUGGGAAAGGGAAGGAAGAAAGUGAGAGAACGAAGUACAGCUAGGACAGGGUAGUAGACUGUAACUUCCAGUGGCCUCCAAUGCUGCUCAUGGCCGCCUGUCUCCUUGGGAAACUUCACAUACAAUGUCUUGUGCUCAUGCCCACUCCUUAAUUGAGAACUCUUAGGAGGAGAGGGCUGGGAAGUUAUUGGGGAUAGUAUACGGGGGGAACCCUACAUAUCACAUACAAAACACCCCAUUUGACCUCAAUUAUGAGGCACACAGGUUGAGUUAAUAAGAUUAAGUAAUUUUGCACUUGACCAUGGGAUGCCUGUUGAAACAUUUAUGUCUAUCAUGUAUAUGAAAAAGGGAUAGUAAGGUGAUCCUUAUGAGAUAUGGUCCUGUAGACUCCUAUGUUCAGUCCUGGGAGCCUUGGCCUCUACAGUUCUUUUUAUGCAUAUAAGUAAUAUGUAGAAGAAUGUCUCAGGUAAAUAUCAUGGCUUAUCACUGGUAGUGGAUACUUUGAUGAGAGCCAAAUAUGCCCAUUUUUAUUUGAGAUUCACAAAUGUUUGGCCAGGCUUUGUGGGUUUUUUUUUUUUUUUUUUUUUUUGUGAUUAUCAACAAAGCCUUAAAGAGAAAGAGGAAAGUCUAGAUUAGCUGUUGACAGUUAAUGUGGGAGAGAUAAAAUAUAUAGCUAGUGAUGUCCAUCCAUAUUCAUCCAUAUAUGUUCAAGUAUUUGGGGAUCAUCUCAGUCCAUGGAUGGGAGGGAGAGUUCUAGCAUGACCUAGGAACAGCCAUGGUACUAUGAUGCAUGAUUUGUGCUCAGGAAAAACCUCCUAUUGAAAGAAGGAGGCAAUUUGUGUGGAGCUGACUGUUAAGGCCUUAGGAGAAGCUUUGGGAGUCUGAUGGGAGGCUUGUCUAGAGAUGUGAACUCGAUCGCAGUAAGUGAUAAAAGCCUGUUUGGAUGGCCCAGGUAGGCUAUGCACAUGGCCAAAGAGUGUACUGACUUUUUCAUUAAUAGAAAAAUGUCAUGACUAGCAAACAAUGACUUUCUGAUGCUAAAAACCAUUAUAUAAUUCCAUUUUUAUUCUAUAAUUCCAUUUCAUAAUCAAGAUGUACUAGAAAAUAGAAAACCCUGAUGAACUGUGUGUGCCCUGUUUAUAAAAAGCACUAAUAACACUCCAGUGUGAACUCAAAUCAAUGAUAAUGAAUAUACUUGCAGCUCUUUAUGCUGCUUUAAUUUGCCCUUCGUGUGUCAUAGAGAGUGUCUGAAUUUGCUAUGUCAUUGAUGUCAUUGUAUUUAUAAAAGAGCCAUAGAAUUAAUUGACUAGUAAUUCAGAAUUUUUUUUUUCAAGACAGGGUUUCUCUGUGUAGUUUUGGUGCCUGUCCUGGAUGGAACUCACUCUGUA